UGUUAAACUGAUCUAUCUUUUAACAGUUGGCAUCUUCUGAAACAGAGAUUUCUUUAUAAAGUUGCUGCUAAGAGUUGAGAGAUUGACCAAGUAUGAAGGUCCAAGUUAUAUUUGGAGUAUUAAUGUGCGCAAUUGCAUGUGUGGGACAAGAAUCGGUUCCGGAAGAAAUAAUGGAGGACGAAAGACUGUUUGAAGAACGUGCUAUGAAUCCAGCGGUGGACAAAGUUAAACCAUAUAUCCUGCCUUUCUAUAAAAGAACCUGCUGUCCAAGAAGGAAUGGAAUGUCCAUCAACCUAGCAACUGGAACAUUUUCAGGGAGCGUAGAAGGUGUAUCGUCACCAACAUUUCAAGCUCAAAAAUCAACGAAGGCCAAAUGUAGCUACAUGACGACUCUGCGGGCCAACUUCCAAAACCUCACAGGAUGUCUUUAUGAUUGGCACCAGGGCGGAUGUGUGUCCUUUCCAAUGUGCAAGAGGCGCAUGCUCAGAAUCGAUAUGUUCUUGGGAGAUGAUAGAAAGGGAUACAUGUUCAAUGUAGGGGAUAGCCAAAGUAAUAAUGGAUGGGGUGGAGACUCUGGUCAUACAAAACAUGAUGCGGAAAUCUUCGGCUAUUAUCCUAACAUAUAUGGAUAUAAAUCUGAUUUUUGCAAAUCCGAGAAGUCAACAUGGGCAAACACACUUUUAAAACCCGGUGUCAGAAGAGUGACCAUUUUUGCUGCCAACAACUACGCCAGAAUCACCAAUGACAACGGAUUCGAAGUGAAGGGUUGCCACAAGUGUGCUUUUGCUUUCAAUGGACAAGACCCGGAUGACCGUGCUAACACGUUAUACAUGGCCUUUAACAGGGUGAUCGCGGCAAGCAACAGACGAGGAGUUGGGGUGUGUACCGUUAGAAUCCGUUGGGAGUGUCCAGAUUGUGAGAGAUCUAUUUUCCCAUUUCCUCUAGGUGACAGAGCAGCUGAUGUUGAAUAAUUUUUAUGUGAACAGAUAAUUAUAUUUUCAAAAUGUGAUCCAAAUUUUUUAUAAGUCUUCAUCGACUUUCUUAAAAAGUUUAAAAUAACUCGUAAAAAUUAUGCACAAUUAUUGUCAAUCAAAUUAUCAAAAUGUUGAGUACAUUACUUUUUUGUCAUAACGAACUUUUUCUGUUUACAUGGUUAAAAAGUAUUACUAUUACUUUUAUCAAAAUGUUAUUUCAUA